GUACUCUUUGCAGUUGCCAGUUGCACAUAUGUUUGUAGACAAGUAGACUUUUUAUGCAUACUGUCCAUAAGCCACUAUUUCUACAAACUCUGCUUAUUGUGACUGUGAUACAUACAGCUCAUUUGUACUAGAGAAUACAGGACAACAGUUUUUUACUUUUACAGGAACAGAUAAUGCAUACCCCAUGACAGAAUCUAAUCCUACGCAGAGUACAAUAAAUUACCGCCAAUCUGCUGCCAUGACGACCACAGAAAGGCCCUCUAUAUACACAAUGACAAAAUCUGAACCCACGCAGAAAAUAACCACCAGUGUUACCCCAGUGGUGGCCACCAGAAAAGGUCCAGUGACUUGUAAUGAAAAUGGUACUUCUGGAGGUGAUCAAGGCAAUUGCGUCCCUGCAGCUGUGAUGCAGCUGCUUGAUGAAUCUGAGAAACUGAAUAAUGAGACGCUUCUGGUAUUCCUGGAGAAACUCAAGGUUGUGUCCGUUAACAGAACCAAGAACAUUUCCAAAUCUCCAGAUACAAUCAGUUCCAUUGUGAAAGCCCUCAGCAACGUAGCAAACAGAUCUUCAAUGUUAUCCAUGCCAAUCAAUAAACAAUCAACAGAGGACAUCCUGAAGAUCGCAGGUCUUCUCACCUCUGAUGAAACAAAGGCAUCAUGGGAUACCCUAAACACGAACGAUAAAACAUGGAGCUCAGGCACAGAGAAUGGUGGGAAAAGCUCCAGCGCUUCCUUGCUGAACCUCUUUGAAUCAGUUGCCACCCUCCUUGUCAAUGAAUCGUUCUCUGUUGAGACACCUUUUAUUCAUCUGAAUAGAACUCAGUUAAAAAACAAAAUAACUUUCAACAACGUAUUUAACACCUCAAUGGAAAUAGACAUACCAGAGGCCAGAGAAAGUCAAUUCAUUACUACAAUUGUAUUCGCGUCCAUGGAUAACGUUCUCCCUCCGAGAAAUGAAGACAACUCCUCAUCCAUGGUUAUCAACGGAAAGGUUGUUCUUGCUACGACAGCAGCCAAAAUCAGAAAUAUAUCAAUAACAUCAGGAAUUCUGAAUGACACCCUGGGAAACCCAAAGUGUGUUUUUUGGAAUUUCACACUCUUUGAUGGUCUUGGAGGAUGGAGCGACUCGGGCUGCUCUCUGCUGUCCCACAACAAUGAAACCAUCAGCUGCAGUUGCAACCACCUCACCUCCUUCUCCAUGCUGAUGUCCCCUGAGAUUAUUGAGGACGAACAAAUCAAUGACAUAACAAUAAUUGGAGUUGGCAUAUCCAUGGCUUCUUUGGUCAUAUGUCUUAUCACAGAAGCUCUCACUUGGAAAAAAAUAAGUACCAACACCACCUCCUUCCUGCGUCACGUUUCCAUUAUCAACAUAGCCGUUUCUCUCCUGAUCGCAGACAUCUGGUUCAUCAUCGGAGCGUACUUUAGAGACGAUAGUAAGAAGGAACACCCUGCGCUGUGUGCAGUUGUGACCUUCUUCAUCCACCUCUUCUACCUCGCCAUGUUCUUCUGGAUGUUGGCCUCAGGCCUGCUGCUGCUCUACCGCACCGUCUUCGUCUUUGAGGGCGGAUUGUCUAAGGCGUCCCUGCUGGUUAUCGGAUUUGUUCUGGGAUACGUUGCACCACUGGUCAUCGCCGUAACAACGAUGGCAGUGACUGUCCCGUCACAUAAAUACAUCAGAGAAAACCAUGGCUGUUGGCUGAACUGGGAGGACUCCAAAGCUCUGUUGGGUUUUCUGGCUCCUGCACUUGUGAUUGUGGCGAUAAACUUCCUCAUCCUCCUAGUAGUGAUUUAUAAAAUGGUGAGCAGAAGAGGACUAAGGAAUACAGGCCAAGGCAAAGAGCAGCAUGUUUUGGUGGUGAUUGCCAGGAGUCUGGCUGUGCUCACACCGUUUUUCGGACUGACUUGGAUUUUGGGAAUCGGAACCAUAAUUGCCCCCAAAAACAGGGAGGUUAAUUUUGCUUUUACCCUGUGCAAUUCACUGCAGGGUUGCUUCAUUUGGGUGUUUGGAACACUCCUGGACAAAAAGGUACGAUCAGAAACUAUAAAAUAUCUGAGCUCCCAGGAUAAGUGGGCGACUGGUUCAUGAUGUCACACUGCUUCAUGAGUCUUCAUGUGCCGGAGGAGUUCCUCUGUGAGAAGAUUGUUUAACCAUUUUCAUCACCCCUCAUGUUUUGACAUUUCAUUUGGUUUAUUGGAUUCCAAGAUUGUAAGUUGACAAGACUUCAGCUAAUUGGCCAAUUUAUACCCUUUUGGCCUGUUGGUUCCUGUCAGAUCUGGGAAAGUCUGACUUUUUCUUUUCUUGUUCUCCACUGAACUACGUUGGGAGCCAUAUGUGUGUUUUCACACGUAGUAGUCCAGUAGACUCGGUUUGACUGGGAACCAAAAUUGCCCCAUUUGUUAUACUUUCAGCUGCUGGGUUUCACUUUCACACUGCACUGUCAAAUGAACCAAACCCUUUGAAAAAACUGAUCCCCUCCUCGCCUUUGGUGGUGUUGCACCGAGAACCACUGAGGCAAAUCCCUUUUUUAUAAAAUGUAAACAAAAAUUUAUUAGAUUUUAGCAGUUGUAUUUCUCUUUUGUCUUUGGUAAAAGACCACAAGCUUUUCCUCCCGCUAGCACUAUGCGCAAGAGUUUGUUUUGGUUGUGUUUACCAAGAAUGCCCUGCCCUAUAGUCCGCUUCCUGCUUUUGGAGAAGUCUCCAUUCCAUUUGUCGUUCACAUAUGCAAUCAAACCAUGUCAGAGCUCACUUAAACUGAACAGAGACCGAGGUUUUUAGAUGGACCAGAGUUUGCUUAUUUUGUUCCAAUCACACAUUCACGCCUUUCCAAACGAAUAGGACCUCAGAAUUCGAUAAAAGCAAACUAAGCAGAGCUGGUGUGAAUGCACUUUAAAUUUAACAAAAAAGAAUGCUGAGCAUUACUCUGGAACUUUCAAAAGAGAAUUCAGUUCAGGAUUUUGGGACAAAAUUGGUGCAACAACAAUUCCGGGGUAUAGUGAAAUAUAAUUCAGGACAAAAAUAAUCUUAGUUGAACAUCUUUGUUUUUUAAAUGGCUCCAGUUCAGGAAAUCAAGCGAGUUCAAUGCAAUGCAGUUUAGCACUGCAACUCUGAAUGUCACCACCAUCAACUGACCUCCACCCAUGAACUCAUACAGCUGUGGAUUUAACUGACAAAAGUAUACUCAGUAUUGCUUCUUGGUGCCAUUGUUUUAGGUCUUUCAGUCGCCCUGCACUUCUUUGUACCAGAGUCUAUAGACAUGAAUGAUGACCUGCUAUUGAUUACAUGUUUGCUCUAGAAUUAUCUUGUUAUUUACACUACUUAAACUAAGAUUAUUAAAAUAACGUGAAUUUACAUGCAGAAUCUUGUAUCAUUUAAGAAUUUAAAAUUUGACCCUACAUGACAAGAUGUUCACUGGAAUGAAGGGCAUGCUGAGAACCUUGUUGUAACUUAAGGACUAAAUGUUACUAAAUAUGGUUUAGCUUGAUGAUGUAUCUCUGUUCUGGGUGGAAUAUGCAAAAUCAUUUCUUGAGAACUGUUUCAGGUUUAGGUUUGUACUUAAAAUGAGGACCAGAUUGAACUGCGUGGCCUUCUGCUGCUGUAUAAUCAAAAGCUUUACAUCUUUGUUAAAAAAAAGAAAAACAUGGACUACUUUCCUUAAAUAGUUGCUGUAAACUAGACAAUGUAAAUAUUAUUAUAUUUUCUUUAGCUAAAAUUCAAAGGUAAAGACUGCUUAAAGUGUAUGGCUAUCAUGCUCCGGUGGUGCUCGUCCAUUUAAAACUUUAAAUUCUAAAAAAAAAACAAUUCAUCACUCAAAAUGUGGUGGGACU